AUGUCUCCUCUUAAAUCUGCACUUGAGCUUAUUAGAAGGGAUGGUAUGUCGGAAAAAUGGCAAUUUUUGCUACUACUAACAGAUGAAGCCCUCAGUGCUCUGAAUGAUGAGAGUAUUUUUCAUCGGCUCCCCAAGUGCAGAUUGCGUGAAAUAAUUCUAGCACCAAUACAGGUGUCUUUGGAAUCAUCUAACAGUAGAUUGAACUGUGAUGCUUUGUCGGCACUUGAGGCAUUUGUCGAUUCUGACUUUCUCUAUGAUGGAUUAGAGGGCCCAGUUAGAGACACGGACUUGACUUCCCAGUUUCUUGAUACUAUUUCUCCCUGUACGAUUUUCAGUGAUGCUACUCAGGCCUCCUUUCUUAAGAUAUGCACGGACUUAAAUUCUAAGUAUGUUUUGGCUCGAAACAAGGAAAAAGCAUCCAUUGCUUACGCAACCCUGGUUCAGACAGUCAAGGCAUUUGUGGCAAAAAACAGUUUGCCAGUCGAUGGUCUGACUGCUGAACCAAAUCCUGUGACCACGCCGAAGUCUGCCUACACUUUUCUUUGUGGUGAAAACUCCUAUGCAUCUGAUCUGUCCGAACCACAGCUACAGAUUUUGGGCGUUCUCAAGUGCCUAAUUGAAGCAGCUAUGCCUGAUAAUACGCCUGCGCAAAAUAGAAUAACAAUACCUAUGUACAUACAGGCAAUUGCCACUAUCAUAUCUCUCCUUCCUGUUUCCUUGAUUAGGCACAGGGUGUUUUUAAAUAUCCUCUGGCAACGAAUGUGCCCUAUGCUUAUGUGGUUUUUGAGUAAUCCUAAACAAGAAAGGAACAUCACUUCAACAUCGGUUCUGCAGCCGCUGGCAGAAAGUGGAGUCGAUCGUAAGACCCACGGAACAGCCAGCUCCAUAGCGCCCCCAACUCUGUGGCCCGAAGUGUUGAAACUCAUUUAUGACAUUGUAAUUGAUCUCGCUUACUUGGUGGGGCCUGUUCUUGAACUCCGACCUAUGCUGGAAUCGCUUUUUCAUAAGAUGCUCCUCUAUCCACCACCAACUUACCGUCAGAAUGCUCUCAACGCCGUGUGCGGUAAAGCGGUGGAAGCAGCGGUUGAAAGUGGUAGUCAAGCUUAUUUGGACAUCAUCGGGUGGUUGUUACUACAAGUACCAUUUUACGCCAAAAUCAGUCGUGCGAAACUUGAUCUAACUAGGGUUCAGCUUUUGAGCACAACUGAGGGGCUCCUCUGCAUUACUGGCCCACUUGUUUCGGUUCCCAUGCUUUCAAACAGCAACGGGGAUUCUGAACCUUUAUUUAGGUGCAGCGAACCACAGAUGGCGGAUUUUCGGAUCUUUGACAUUAUCCUCGAGUCUGUCCACUCAUGUUCACUGACCAAGGAUCAGGCUCUAGUCUGUACCAGUGCCAAAUGUGUGAACGCCAUUUCGGGCUCCCUGUCUACUCUCAUUGAAUGUGAGGGUCUGUGUGAGGCCUUUGUUCAAAUGAUUGGGUUUCAGCUGAAACAGAUAGAAGAAGUUUCCACUGAAGAUAAGGGUGGUCAAGAAGUGCUGAGGGGAACUGACAUCCCCAAUGCAAAUCUACCUCGUACAUUGGAAGUGGAUCGAUGGGCGGCUCAUGACUACCUGCUGUCUCUCAUGAAGACCAUUCCCAAUCUCCUGGACGCGCAGUCGAUAAUUGAAGUCGACAACCUCCUUUUGGAGUUCAGUUCCGCUUAUUGUAAAGAGCGGCGAUUGAGUGAGUUGGACAGUGUGCUUUGUCCCAUGUACGUCGCCGAUCUUGCGGACGACGUGCACAUCCACGACGUAAGCGGUGCCCUUCUCAACGCCGACGCCAUCUAUGCUACCACUAUCAGCGCUCUGACACUCAACUACCGCCUCCUUCAGGCCGGCUUCUAUUCAACCCGGAACAAGGCCGGAGUGGAGAUAAUGUCUGAGACCGAGUUUCUGGACUCCAUCCUCGGGACGGGUCUCAUGCUCUACGUCUCAGAGACAUGGUUGUCUCAGGUUUAUCGCGGAAUUCGACAUCAGGAUCUUCUGAGCACCUCCGGUCUAGACCUCAAACUCCUCUGCGCAUCCGCUACCAAAAGUGAGACCGAAGAUUUUCGGGGUGCCUCUCUUGUUAAAAUGCUCGUUGAAUUUGAUGGAGUUGGCUGGACCUACGACAAGGCCAUUGGAUCCGUAGACAGCGGUGGCAGAGAGGCGGAAGGGGGAAGUGAGAACGAGGCACUGAAAGUGGGGCGAUCGCGGCGGCGGGUAGGUGAGGUUCUGGUCUCACGCAUCCUCUUGGUGGGCUGGCAGCGCAUUGUGGAGACUCUCACCAACACCGUCGCUUUUGUCGGCACAUGUGUGGACAAGGUUCCCUCUGGCCUCUCGUCUUUCUCUUUCUUCGCGCACCACCCCUCUACUACCUCCUGCGCGGAGAGUGCCGAGACGUCAUCGUCAUCGUUUGCAGAAAGCGCGUCAAAAUCGUUACUGCAGAACCUUUUCGGUCUUUUCUACUUCGGCGAUGUUGAGGCAGCCAGUCAGAGCCAGCAGCUCCGUGAGUUGGGCUCAACGUUGUCGGAAAGUCUGCGGAGUCUGCAGCAGCUGGCAAUUCUGGCGAGUGGCAGCACUUUGGAGGCGUUGCGGACUCGUUGCGGAGCCGUCUUUGCUCUACUCACCGAGACAGCCCGCGCCGCAGCAGCUGCUGCACGGGUUAACAGGCAUUGCCUCCCACCCAACCGCCUCCACUCCGCCCAUGCCCUUGGGAUCCACGUCGUCCUCUCCAAUGCCCUCCGACUCGGCUGCCAUUCACCUGACUGCUGGUUCCAUCUCCUUAAUGUCUGCCAACUCGUUCGUGAAUUAGAGCACGCCUACUUCGCCUCCGUCUGUGACUCUAAGCCCUGCAUCACAAAAGUAACUAACGUCGGUGAAGAUUGUGAUCUUCCUGGUAUUGUGCAAAGCUUCAGCGCUGCCAACCCAGACGCAGGCGAGUGCUUGACGCUAGAGCAAACUGGAGUUGUGUUGAGCGCACUUUCAGCUCAGGUUGACCAGAUUUUUGACACUGCUGCUGAGGCGUUGUCGCUGCCAGCGCUGAUUGACUUUCUCUCCUAUCUAUUGCAAGCAAGCAGCGCAGAAUUAGCUGCUAGAAGUCACCCACAAUCCACCUCUAUGGAACACAAACCGGCAAAUAAUCUGAAACAAGCAGUUAAUUCCGUAAAAGAUGAGCUUGUGAAAGUUGCGAGGCUUGGAAUGGCCAGUUUAAAUGGAAGCCCGAUGUUAAUUGACCACUGCAAUUCUCACAAACUUCGAAGUCCAGCACUGUUCCUCGACAGAAUGUCACAGCUACUUUUGAGAGCCAUUCGUUCCCCGAGGCGUCCAUUGUUCCAUCUUCUGCGCGCAUGGGUUCUGGUCUCUCAGCACCUCGUAGACGCUUGUUGUUUCUCCUCCGUUUACGACUCCACUUCGUUUGAAUCGGAUGCUGAGCGGCUACUGGUCAGUCAGAGGGCUCUCGCCUGUCUUCACGAAUGCAUAAUUACGGCUGUCACUACACGUCUGGAGUUGCCCUACUUCAGCGCCAACGAGAUGUUCUGCAAGCCCUUUGAAAUCCUCCUACGACUCGAAAUGUGCGAUGGUGAAUUACAAGACAGGAUCAUCAGUUGCAUCAGUGAGAUUGUAGAGGGCUGCAAUAGCGCACUUCAUUCGGGCUGGCGCCCAAUAUUUGCCGCCCUACGUUCAAUCAAGGUUCCCUUUCUGACCGGGGUGGACCAGCAUCGUGGGAAAACGCACCCGCCCGACCCCUCAUCUUAUGCGAUCGCUGAUGCAACUAGAGAUGCCAUGCCAACAUGCCCUAAGGUCAGUUUCGAUGUGGAUGUGAUCCCCACCCAGAGGAUUCCUAACAAACGACGCAUUUCAACGGUGCUAGAAAUUUUUGAAAUUUUCCUGUUCACUGACGAUAUCCUCGUGUUUUGCAAUACUGCUGUUGACUGCGUUCGGUGUCUUUUGCGCUACCUAUCUGCUAGAGAACUAGACUACUUCUAUUCAGAUAAUCGGGUUCCUUCAGUCCCUCCUAAUUUAACCGGCGAUAAGUGCGCGGAGGCUGGUGAGGGCUCCAUAGAUGAGCAAACGCAGACUGUGAGUAGAGUGGAUUGCGCUAAUGAAGCCUCAUGCUCACUAUGCGUGGCGACGCUCCCGCUACUAUCACGUUGUUGUGAAGUUUUUGGCUAUAUUUGGGGCUCUUUUGCCAACGCCUCCGCUUCUGGUAUCUCCACACCCCCUGUUGACUACGUGUUGCGGUCAGCCAAGUGCCAGGCCCGCAUUGUGGCAGGCGGACCUCCGGAGUUGAGCCUCCUUACUUCUGUUCGUAGCUUCACUUCACCUACCCUCCAUGAAAGAGUUAAAAAUCUUACUCCUUGGUUCUCUACUGGACGCUUUCUUGAGCCUGCUUUCCACUCUGUGGACUCCUUUGACCUCGAUCUCUCCACACUUCGUAGUCUGGAUGACAUUGACCAACCCUCUGGAGUGUUGCAUCUCUGGUUUCUAACACUAGAGGGCAUCGUGAUGGCAGUCUGGGACUGCAAUCCACGUGUCCACCGGGUGGUGUUUGAGGAAUUCACAAACCUUUUGGACGAAUGCGUAGAAAAGAUCUGCGGUAAGGUUGACGUUACCAUAUCCCGACUCACAGACGGCAUUGAGAGGGAGGCGGUUGAAGCCGAUGGUGUGGCUAUUGGACCUUCAUUUGCGGUGUUCGUCAUUAACCACGUUCUUUUGCCACGGCUUCAAACUGCAAUUGUGAAUAACGCGUUAACUGGUGAUGUAAAUGGUGACUCUAAAAUAGAAGACACCUAUUAUCACAAUGGGGAACAUUUGUCGGCAGGUACGAGCGAAGACCCCAACCCUGCUGAUGAAACGGAUAAGGGCGGAGCUAUUAUCUCAAAACUAAGCUUUAUUAUAGGUCAAACCACUCAGUUGGUGUGCAACCUCAUAAUUCGAUUUCAACAAAGAGAUCAGCAAUCGUCGAAUUCGGUGGUGGGUAUAAAUCUCAUGCUACAUCAGUGCCUACACGCAUUGGUUGAUUGUAUUAGUGUACGGAAUGAGCGUCUUUCGCGUUUGGCAACUUCCUGUCUCAGGCACCUGCUCAUGUCGACCGCGACAUGCCUGACUGUGCACCAGUGGGAGAUUACGAUCGCUCACUUGGAGGAGGCUUUUCGCGCCUGCCUCCUUCCGAUCCACAUUCUCACCACCGUGUACGAUGAUCGAGCCAGACGCUUGCUUCCCAGCGAUGCUGGCCUCCAGCUGGCCAACUUGCGGCCAAUAGGCGCGUCGAACAAGCUGCGUCAGUUGGCGCUUCGGCUGUUCCAGUCGGCUGACCUAUUAGGCAAAGACGAUGAGGAGGCGGAGGAAAAAAAUCCCGAGGAUGGAGUAGAGAGCUUCGAAAAACCCAGCUACUCCUUCGAAUUCAGAGUUUUUCCUCUCUGUACGCAUGAAGUUGAUCGUCCGCCCUUGGACACUAUACCGCUAUCAGAAGUUAUUUCAAGCCAAUUGAACACCAAUUUACUUAUUCGCCUUAUUGGCGAACUUCUACUCAGCUUUGGGGAGAAUGGGGAGAAAACCGUGCCAAAAGCUGUUCAGGAACUCCUCUUUUUCGAUCCCUCCCUCAGUGUGGGUACUUUUAAUCACAACAUCGAGGCUUCCGAGACGUCCGUGACAGGUCUUACAGUCCCAGCAUCUGCGUUUGGAUUCUUUAUGUGUUUACAUUCAAUCCAAACAGAGUUCUUCACACGCUUGCCUCUUAGCUCUGGCUUGCGGCUUCUAAAUUGCCUUUCGGAUAGCUACGCGGCUUUCUUCGACUUCGACCAAUGCGAUGAGUUAAAACAGCUUGUUCAAAGACUACUCAAGCUGCAAUCACCUGCCAACUUUUACCAACAUUCGCACCUAACCGCAACGCUACUGCAAAUGAUUCUCCUGCAAACCGUCCAGAAUGGUCUGACGGCUAAAUACUGCGGCCAGCUUUCUGAGUCUGUCAAAAUGGCCUUCUGCGAGUUUGACGAAAACCUCACGAGGCUGAGAGCUGGCAACUUCCGACGCCUUCCUCUGCAGCUUCAAACGAACACUGGAAGAAGAGAGUUUGUUUCCCCACUUCCAUGGCUAAAACCAUUCGUUCCUGACGCAGGCAGCGAUCACAACGUGGAACAGUUCGCUCUUCUUCUUACCGGGUUGUCCACGCAUUUGACUCAGUUCUACCUCUUUUUGCUGUACAAUGCAGAUAAGGAACACGCUGCUAAUAGUUCACCAAUCAAACGUUGCGAGCCACUGUUUUCUGGGAGGGCACAUUCUGACGCUUUUACCAAUGAGCACAAAAGGAAGCUAUCAGAAUCAAAUCCCAAAAGGAACUGGCGCCUACAGAAGUUUCUGAGUCGUCCUCGGCGCUUCACAAUUGACGCGUCCACUACAACAACACCGCAUGAUACUAAUGGGAGAAUCUUGAGAAAGCGUCCCGCCGAAGACAGGGACGCUCAAAUGACCGCAUUGGCGGAAUCGUUAGCCACACUACCACAAGGCUUCCUUGCUUUGCCGCUGGGCCCAGAAGCACCCUCUACAUUAGCACUCGAAGGCAUCUUCACCUGUAACACAGCACGCUUAAUCGCUGUUGCAGAACACGGAUUUCUGCGGAGAAUAUUGGCUACUUGGUUCCUCCGUCUUGUCCAGAAUCAAAAGGUCCCCAACGAACCAUGA